CCCCCAAAAAAAAUGGGAAAAAUUUUAUAUGGGAAAAACUUGUAAGGAGGGAAACUUAAAGCAUGUGAAUAUUGUAAACGACGACGUCCCAAACUUAAAUCUCACCUUACGUCGGUAAGGAAAGGAGAUUUUAAGUCAGACACUAGAAUAGAUCUUGGAAUUUGAGAGUUUAUUAUAACAUCAUAAUCUUUUUUCUGGAAUUUAAGAGUAAGCAAUAAAUAAAGAGCUUUCUUAAACGAAGCCGUUUGGCGCGGCUCGUUUAAAGCCUUAAACUGAAAAACAAAGAAAUCAAUCAAUCAGAGGGGGGAAGGAAGGAAAGCAGGUUGAAAGAAGAGUUCUAAUCAAUCAUGGAGAUUGAUUCCGCUCCAAUCAGCCGAUGCUCCAAGGAAAAUCAGAAAAUCUAUCAAGAUUGGUUCACUUUUGCUGAUUCAGAUGGAGAUGGACGGCUUACUGGAGGUGAUGCCAUUAAGUUUUUUGCUAUGUCCAAUUUGCCUCGCCAGGAUCUCAAACAGGUUUGGGCGAUUGCAGAUUCUAAACGGCAAGGUUUCCUUGGUUUCAAAGAGUUUAUCACUGCCAUUCAAUUAGUUUCGUUGGCACAAGCUGGUCAUCCAGUCAGUAGUGAUAUUUUAACUGCUGAUGUUGACUUUGAGAAUUUGAAGCCUCCCACAAUGGAAGGACUGGAUAUUGUACUUGCAAAAAGGAAGCAUACACCUAAAAUUGAGGCUGAACAAAAUGGUACUCCUGACCUGCAGACUUCACCAUCUGCUAAUUGGUUUUCUUCGACAAAGUCUGCAAAAAAGGUGUCUUUAAGCUCCGUUACAUCAAUUAUUGAUGGCUUGAAAAAGCUGUAUGUCCAAAAGUUGAAACCAUUGGAAGCAACAUAUCACUUCAAUGAUUUUGUCUCCCCCUUGUUGACAAACAGUGAUUUUGAUGCUAAGCCAAUGGUGAUGCUCUUGGGUCAAUAUUCCACAGGGAAAACAACAUUCAUUAAACAUCUCCUCCAAACGAGUUAUCCAGGGGCUCACAUUGGACCAGAACCUACAACAGACCGAUUUGUGGUUGUUAUGAAUGGACCUGAUGAAAGAAGUAUUCCUGGGAACACCAUUGCUGUACAAGCCGAUAUGCCAUUUAGUGGUCUGACUACUUUUGGGACCUCAUUUUUAUCCAAAUUUGAGUGUUCUCAAAUGCCACAUCCUCUAUUGGAGCAUAUUACUUUUGUGGACACACCUGGAGUUUUAUCUGGAGAGAAACAAAGAACUCAGAGAAGCUAUGACUUCACUGGUGUUAUAUCGUGGUUUGCUGCUAAAUGUGACCUCAUUUUGCUUUUGUUUGAUCCUCACAAGCUUGAUAUAAGUGAUGAGUUUAAACGGGUCAUUUCAUCUUUAAGAGGCCAUGAUGAUAAGAUUCGGGUAGUUUUGAAUAAAGCUGACCAAGUUGAUACUCAGCAGUUGAUGCGAGUUUAUGGAGCAUUAAUGUGGUCUCUUGGAAAAGUGUUAAAUACUCCUGAAGUUACAAGGGUUUAUAUCGGUUCGUUCAAUGACAAACCUAUAAAUGCAACCUCUGGUCCCAUUGGAAAAGAGCUUUUUGAGAAAGAGCAAGAUGACCUUCUUGCUGACCUGAAGAAUAUACCCAAAAAGGCCUGUGAUCGUCGAAUAAAUGAAUUUGUAAAGCGUGCUAGGGCUGCCAAGAUACAUGCUUAUAUUAUAAGCCAUCUAAGAAAGGAGAUGCCUGCUAUGAUAGGCAAAGCAAAAGCUCAGCAGAAACUCAUUGAUAAUCUCGACCUGGAAUUCGGAAAGGUAUUUAUUUUCGACCUCAGGUUCAAGCCACAUGUGAUAUUUUACGCUAAAAAAUACCUUCAUUAUAUUUAAUUUUCCUCUCAAACAGAUUCAAAGAGAACAUCAUCUGCCUGCCGGUGAUUUCCCAAAUGUUGAUCACUUUCGGGACAUUUUAAGUGGGUAUAGCCUCGAUAAAUUUGAGAAGUUGAAGCCAAAGAUGAUACAGUCCGUCGAUGAUAUGCUUGGAUAUGACAUCCCAGAACUUCUCAAGAAUUUUAGAAAUCCUUAUGACUAGAUGGGUCAUGAUGCCCUUUUUAAUUAGUGUCGAAAAAUACAUAUUUAUUAUUUUUCUUAUGAUUUUAUAGGUUGUGAGAUGAAUCAUUCCAUUCCUUUGUAAUGCUUUACCUCAUAUUGUGACGUUAAGUUUGAAAUGUAGAGAUUCUUAUAACGUUAGAGGAAUGAUGUUGCUGCUGCUGCAAGAAUUAAAUGGAAUUUGCUAUUUUGCA